AUGAUUCGGCUUCCUAGACGAUAUCUUCGCUACGGAGCAUUCCUUAUUUUUGUAAUGCUCUUGAUUUCGCUCUACAGGAUAUCUAUAGACAUGCGAUCAGGUUUGGGAAUCAAGCAUUUGUUCAUAGUUUGGAAAGACGAGAGCCCCGUGAACCUGGAAAAAUUACACGCGACACUUGAGACUUUGGAUCGACAGCGACAAAUAAUCACCGGAAUUGGACUAGUUUCUUGUUUCCGUCUCGGUCAUUUUAUCGAAUGGUGUCCCAUUGAAAGAGCUCUACAUCACCAUAGUACCAAUAUGCCGUGUUCUAGAAAGCUGGUGAAAAAGGAUAUCUCAGGAUCUACGACGUUUCUGCGGGGUUUGUCGCCAGUGUCGCAAUAUUUAUACUACGACACGCUUACCGUCGAAGAACUAGAUACCUACAUCCUGUCUAGGCAGAAUACAGGAACUGAGAUUCACGUUAGGGCUAUGAGGGAGCCCCGAAGCAUCCAACUUCGUACCAAAAUUCCACAAGACGGACUUCUGAUAGAGUUCGAUAAUCCUUUUGGAGGAUGGGAUGAUGGCCGAGAUUACGUUUCCGAUAUGGACUUACUUUUUGGAGACGAUUGCACAGAUCCCCGUGAAGGAUGGAUUCUUCACAAGGGCAGCCCCGUUACUCAAAAAAACGGCGUAUUCGUGAGUUCCAAGCAAUUCAAAAGUUUGCUCCAAAUCGACACGCCGCAAUUGACAUUCGGAUCAAGCAAUAAGUUCAAAAUCGUUCAACUUGCUGAUUUGCACUUGGGUGUCGGUUCGGGUGUUUGUAGAGACGAGUUCCCUGUUCAUGAAACCUGCUACGCGGAUCCCAAGACCGUUGAAUUUAUUGGUAAAGUGCUAGACUUCGAAGAGCCUCAAUUAGUGGUUUUCACCGGUGACCAAAUAAUGGGAGAGUUGAGCCGAGAAGAUUCAGCCAGCGCUCUUCUUAAGGCUGUUGCACCUGCUAUAGAAAGACGUAUACCUUAUGCUAUGGUUUGGGGCAAUCAUGAUGACGAAGGAAGUAUGAGUCGACGGGAAUUGUCCGAAUACGUUAGCCGUCUCCCAUACUCUUUAUUCCAGAUGGGACCUCUUGAUAAGAAUGACAAAAGUUUUGGGAUGGGCAAUUACAAACUUAGUAUCAAGAAUCAAGAUGGAGAAGAUGCAGCUGCGCUAUAUUUUUUGGAUUCUCACAAAUAUUCAUCCAAUGCCAAGAUUUAUCCCGGUUACGACUGGAUCAAAGAAAGCCAAUGGAUAUACAUGAGAGACCUAGCGGCCAAGAACUCAGAUAAUUCUAAGAAACUUAGUAUGGCGUUUUUUCACAUCCCUAUACCUGAAUAUUUAGACAUGUAUUCUACCCGCGAUGAGGCAGAGAAUCCGCUGGUUGGAAAUUUCAAAGAGGGAAUAACUGCUCCAAAAUACAAUUCGGGCGGACUGUCGUUCCUCCAUGAGAUGGGUGUAAGUGCUGUUUCAGUGGGCCAUGAUCACUGCAAUGACUAUUGUCUUCUUGAUGAUUCUAUAUCAUCAAAGCUUGAGGAUAAGAUUUGGCUAUGCUAUGGGGGUGGCGCUGGCGAAGGUGGAUAUGCUGGUUAUGGCGGAACCGAGCGCCGUAUUAGGAUUUUUGAGAUAGAUAAUACCAAGAAAGAGAUUUUGACUUGGAAAAGACUCCAAGGAUCGCCGGAAGAUUUUUUUGAUCGCCAGGUCCUUGUCAGCAACAGCGUUCCAAAUGCUGCUUGA